AUCUAUGACAAAUUCAUUGUAUACAAAUAAAUACACCUGUAGAACAUGGAUUUGAGAAUGAGUGCCUAAUGAGGUUAUUUUCGGUUCACAAUGUCACGAGAACUAAUAAUAAAUAUAAUUUAACCCUUGGGAUCAAGUUCUAUGUUCGUUAGUGGUCACUUUUCUUCAAAGAAGUUCUAGCCAACAGGAAUGAAGUUUGCUGUGGACGGCUUGCUGGUGUACUUCCCGUACGACUACAUCUACCCCGAGCAGUAUGCCUACAUGCUGGAGCUGAAGAGAGCCCUGGACGCCCGGGGCCACUGCCUGCUGGAGAUGCCGUCCGGCACGGGCAAGACGGUGUCGCUGCUGUCGCUCAUCGUGGCGUACAUGCUGGCCAACCCGGGGGACGUGAGCAAGCUGAUCUACUGCUCUCGCACCGUGCCAGAGAUCGAGAAGGUCAUCGAGGAGCUGAAGAAGCUGCUGGCGUACUACGAGGCGGAGGGCGAGCCCACCGCCAUGCUGGGGCUGGUGCUGAGCUCUCGCAAGAACCUCUGCAUCCACCCUCAGGUGAGCAAGGAGCGCGAGGGCAAGGUGGUGGACGGCCGCUGCCACGCCCUCACGGCCUCCUACGUGCGCGAGCGGCACCGUGGCGACAGCUCCGUGCCGGUCUGCGACUUCUACGAGGGCUUCGACCUGGAGGGGCGGGAGUGCCCCCUGCCCGCCGGCGUGUACAGCCUCGACGACAUCAAGGACUUCGGCUACGCCAGGAGCUGGUGCCCCUACUUCCUGGCGCGCUACUCGAUCAUGCAUGCGAGUGUGGUGGUGUACAGCUACCACUACCUGCUGGACCCGAAGAUAGCGGAAGUCGUGUCCAAGGAGCUGUCCAAGUCCUCCGUGGUCGUGUUCGACGAGGCUCACAACAUAGACAACGUCUGCAUUGACUCGAUGAGCGUGAAGAUCAACCGCCGCACCAUCGAGAAGAGCUCCGCCAAUCUGCAGGUCCUGGAGAAGACUGUGUCUGAGAUGAAGGAGGACGAUGCCAACAAGCUGCGGGAGGAGUACCAGCGCCUGGUGGACGGCUUGAGGGACGCCAGCGUCGCGCGGGAGACUGACGUCGUCCUGUCCAACCCCGUGCUGCCCGACGAGGUGUUGCAAGAGGCGGUGCCGGGCAACAUCCGCACGGCCGAGCACUUCGUGGCGUUCCUCAAGAGGUUCGUGGAGUACCUGAAGAUGAGGCUGAGGGUGCAGCACGUGGUGCAGGAGUCUCCCGCCGGCUUCCUGCGCGACGUCGCGCACAAGAUCUGCAUCGAGCGCAAGCCCCUGCGGUUCUGCGCGGAGCGGCUGGCCUCGCUGCUGCGCACGCUGCAGAUUUCCGACCUCACGGACUUCUCGCCGUUGACCCUCAUCACCCACCUGGCGACGCUCGUGUCCACCUACACCAAGGGCUUCACCAUCAUCGUGGAGCCCUUCGACGACAAGACGCCCACGGUCGCCAACCCCGUGCUGCACUUCAGCUGCCUGGACUCGUCCAUCGCCAUCAAGCCGGUGUUCGAGCGCUUCCAGACGGUCGUCAUCACGUCGGGCACGCUGUCGCCCCUCGACAUGUACCCCAAGAUCCUGGACUUCCACCCCGUCAUCAUGAGCUCCUUCACCAUGACGCUCGCCCGCCCCUGCCUGCUGCCCAUGAUAGUGUCGAAGGGCAACGACCAGGUGGCCAUCUCGUCGCGCUUCGAGACGCGCGAGGACGUGGCCGUGGUGCGCAACUACGGCCAGCUGCUGGUGGAGGUGGCGUCGGCCGUGCCGGACGGCGUCGUCUGCUUCUUCACCUCCUACAUGUACCUGGAGAGCGUGGUGGCGUCCUGGUACGACCAGGGCGUGGUGGACAGCCUGCAGCGCUGCAAGCUGCUCUUCAUCGAGACCCAGGACUCCGCCGAGACCAGCCUGGCCCUGCUCAACUACAUCAAGGCGUGCGAGAGCGGGCGCGGCGCCGUGCUGCUGUCCGUGGCGAGAGGCAAGGUGUCCGAGGGAGUGGACUUCGACCACCACCUGGGGCGCGCGGUGCUCAUGUUCGGCAUCCCGUACGUGUACACCCAGUCCAGGAUCCUGCGCGCACGCCUCGACUACCUGCGCGACCAGUUCCAGAUCCGAGAGAACGACUUCCUGACGUUCGACGCCAUGCGGCACGCUGCCCAGUGCGUGGGGCGUGCCAUCAGGGGCAAGACCGACUACGGCAUCAUGAUCUUCGCUGACAAGAGGUUCUCUCGCGCAGACAAGCGCAGCAAGCUGCCCAAGUGGAUCCAGGAGCACCUCAAGGACUCCUACUGCAACCUGUCCACGGAGGAGGCCGUGCAGAUCCUGAAGCGCUGGCUGCGGCAGAUGGCGCAGCCGUUCAGCCGCGAGGACCAGCUGGGGCUGUCCCUGCUCACGUAUGAGCAGCUGCAGUCUGAGGAGAUGCAGAAGAAGCUGCAGAAGGCAGCUGAGCAGCUGUGACCGGCUGUGACCGGCCGCUCCGUCCACGUAGGACGGCGCCUGUGUUUUGUAUGUUCCUUUUUCUAUGUCAAGACAGUAAACUCUUGUUUUUAAAACUA